AUGUCCGCCACCCAAGACCUUGCGCCCAACGGCGAUGGUGAGCUUGAUCAAGCUGUCGCAAACCUUAAGCUCGACGAUAACGAGGAUCUUGGCCCCGACGGUCAGCCUGCCCCCAAGACGGAAGAGGAAUAUGCUGUCGCCAACCUGACCCUCCGAGCCAUUGUUUCUUCCAAAGAAGCUGGAGUCAUUAUUGGCAAGGGCGGCAAGAAUGUUGCAGACCUGCGCGACGAGACCGGCGUCAAGGCCGGUGUCAGCAAAGUGGUGCAGGGCGUGCACGACCGUGUCCUCACUAUUACCGGAGGAUGCGAGGCUAUCUCGAGAGCCUACGCAAUUGUCACCAGGGCUCUGCUCGAAGGCGCUCCUGCCAUGGGCAUGGGCGGAGUCAUCUCGACCAGUGGCACACACCCUAUCAAGCUCCUCAUUUCACACAACCAAAUGGGCACAAUCAUCGGCAGACAAGGCCUCAAGAUCAAGCACAUCCAAGAUUCGUCAGGUGUUCGCAUGGUGGCACAAAAGGAGAUGCUGCCGCAAUCGACUGAGCGCAUCGUCGAGGUCCAGGGCACACCCGAUGGCAUCCAGCGCGCCGUCUGGGAGAUCUCCAAAUGCCUGGUGGAUGAUUGGCAGCGUGGUACCGGCACGGUGCUGUACAAUCCUGUUGUCCGCACUCAACCUGGCAGUGCGGGGUCUCUCGGUGGUGCUGCUGGCGCUGGCGUUGGCUCUGCAGGCGGGGUAGGAGGAGGAUACCAGGGCUACUCCAGUGGCAGGGGAGACUAUGGUGGUUCUCGUGUAACACGCACCGGCAACGGUGCCGACUUCAGCAACGGUGCGCCUCAGCGAUCCUAUCGGCGCUCUGACUCCGACGCGGGUACCCGCGACCGCUCAGGGCCCCCUACGCAUGAUGAAAACGGCGAGGAGAUUCAGACCCAGAACAUCAGCAUCCCAGCCGACAUGGUGGGCUGCAUCAUCGGCCGCGCUGGCAGCAAGAUCACAGAGAUUCGCAAGACAUCCGGUGCCCGCAUCUCAAUUGCCAAGGCACCUCACGAUGAGACGGGCGAGCGCAUGUUCACCAUUAUGGGCUCCGCCAAAGCUAACGAGACGGCCUUGUUCCUGCUCUAUGAGAACCUGGAGGCGGAGAAGAUGCGCCGCAGCCAGGCUCCACCAACAGACUAA